AAUUGAGCCUCCAAUGCUCUGUCAUUGUACACUCGCUCACUAUCAUAUCAAAUCGGCGUUGAAAGAUCAGUUCUCCUUUUUGAGUAUCUAAAAAUGUCUUCUUGCUGUGGUGGAAAUUGCGGCUGCGGCUCCGGCUGCAAGUGUGGCAGCGGUUGUGGCGGAUGCAAGAUGUAUCCUGACAUGAGUUUCUCCGAGAAAAACACCGCCGAGACUCAGGUUCUCGGAGUUGCACCGGAGAAGGCACGCUUUGUCGAUGGAGGUGAGGUCGGCGUUGGAGCUGAGAACGGAUGCAAGUGCGGUGACAACUGCACCUGCAAUCCUUGCAACUGUAAAUGAGAUCGGCGGCGAUCAGUCUGUUUUUUAGAAGUAAAAGCAGAGAUGACUCUGCUUCUCUCUUUCUAAAAAAGGAGAAAUAAUUAAUAGAGUCUAGAUAUCGUAUGAGUUUGUUCGUUUGUUUCUGGUUUUGAGCUUCAAUAAAAGUAGUGGUGGCUUGUGAGCUUGUGUUUAGCAAUGGCUGCCUGUUGCUUUAACGUUAUAUAUUGUAUAAAUUAAAAACUAGCAUAUGAAUAUGUAAAUGAGUACGAGGGGUGAAAUAGCUUUGAAAGCUUAAUGAGAAACUCCUUUUCUAUUUUCUAA